AUGAGCCUCGACAACGGGCAGAAGCCGUCCCUCGACAUGAAGGAGGACAAGAACGCGCCCGUCGUCAGCGAGGCCGACGCGGAGCUCGCCGAGGCGCUGAGGAACUACGUGCCCGGCACGCGCGAGGAGAAGCAGCUCGUGCGCAAGAUUGACAUUUUCCUGAUGCCCAUGCUCUGGAUCAUGUAUAUCCUGAACUACGUCGACCGCACCAACAUUCUCGCUGACCGUCCCAAACAGGGCAACGCCAAGAUCGCCGGCAUGCAAAAGGACCUCGGCCUCACCGACGACGGCUACGCCUGGGUGCUGUCCAUCUUCUUCUUCGGCUACCUCAUCUGCGAGGUGCCGUCCAACAUGAUCCUGAGCCGCAGCCGGCCGUCCAUCUUCCUGCCGGGCAUCAUGCUCGUCUGGGGCGCGCUGAGCGCCCUCAUGUCCGUCUCCAAGAGCUACGGCGCGCUGCUGGCGUUCCGCUUCAUCCUGGGGUGCGUCGAGGCCGGUUUCUUCCCGGGCGUCUUGUACCUGCUGAGUUGUUGGUACACGAGGGCCGAGCUGGGCAAGCGCUUCGCCAUCUUCUACACCGCCGCCGUCCUCUCGGGCGCGUUCGGCGGCCUCCUCGCCGGCGCCAUCACCGCCAACCUCGACAACGCCCACGGCAUCCGCGGGUGGCGCUGGCUGUUCAUCGUCGAGGGCGUGGCCACCGUCGGCGUGGCCCUCAUCGCCUUCUUCGUGCUGCUCGACUACCCGGCCACGGCGCGGCAGAUGACGCCGGAGCAGCGCCGGCUCGCGAGCAUCCGCAUCAUCGCCGACGGCAUCGCGUCGGGCGGGCAGAACCGCAAGCGGCUCUCGCACCGCGACGCCCUGGUGGCGGCCGUGUCGGACCCGCGGACGUACGCCUUCAUCCUGCUCUUCAUGCUCGACGUCGGCGCCGGCACCAUCUCGUACUUCAUCCCGACCAUCACCCUGACGCUCGGCUACGACACCGUGACGGCGCAGUACAUGACGGUGCCCAUCUACGCCGUCGCCUCCGUGUGCCUCAACGUCGUCGCCUGGAGCUCCGACCGCCACGUCGAGCGGCGCUGGCACGUCGCGGCGCCGCUGGCCCUGGGCUUCGCGUGCAGCGUCGUGUGCGCCGCCGUGCAGACGCCCAUGGUGCGCUACGUCAUGAUCUGCUUCGUCGCCGCCGGCAUCUGGUCGGCGCUGCCGCUGGUGCUGUCGUGGACGAGCGGCGUCAUCAGCCUGCCGCCCGAGAAGCGCGCCAUCGUGCUGGCCAUGGUCAACGCCUUUGGCAACUUCUCGAGCGUGUACGGCAGCCGCAUCUGGCCGAGCCGCGACGCGCCGGCGUACCAUGUCGGGUUCGGCGUCACGGCGGCGUUCCUGGGCGCCGGCAUGAUCGUUGCGGUGCUGAUGCCUCUGUUUGUCAAGUGGGUGGACUGGAAGGGGACCAAGGCCGAGAGGGAGGUUCUUGCGGAGGAGCAGGAGUAA